GGCUAAGUGUCGGAAGGGUGGUUAUCAAGCUGGACUUGUCCUGUAAUCUGUUUCUUCAUGGCUGCAAUAGAACUUCUCAACAAACUGCAAGAAGCAUGAAAUGGAGACAUGGGAAGUUUCUGUUCCAGAUGAUCGGGCUGAACAACGAACCUGUCUCAUUUGUGGGGACCGUGCCACAGGCUUGCACUAUGGAAUCAUCUCCUGUGAGGGCUGCAAAGGGUUUUUCAAGCGGAGCAUUUGCAACAAGCGGGUAUAUCGGUGCAGCCGUGACAAGAACUGUGUCAUGUCUCGGAAGCAGAGGAACAGGUGCCAGUACUGCCGCCUACUCAAAUGCCUCCAGAUGGGGAUGAACCGGAAGGCAAUCAGAGAAGAUGGCAUGCCUGGAGGCCGGAAUAAGAGCAUUGGGCCAGUCCAGAUAUCAGAGGAAGAGAUUGAAAGGAUCAUGUCUGGGCAGGAAUUUGAGGAAGAGGCCAAUCACUGGAGCAACCAUGGUGACAGCGACCACAGUUCCCCUGGGAACAGGGCUUCAGAGAGCAACCAGCCUUCACCAGGCUCUACUAUGUCCUCCAGUAGGUCUGUGGAACUAAAUGGAUUCAUGGCUUUCAGGGAGCAGUACAUGGGGAUGUCUGUGCCUCCACACUACCAAUACAUACCGCACCUUUUUAGCUAUUCUGCCCACUCGCCACUUCUGCCCCCACAAGCUCGCAGCCUGGAUCCCCAGUCAUACAGUCUGAUUCACCAGCUGGUGUCAGCUGAGGACCUGGAGCCAUUGGGCACACCCAUGUUGAUUGAAGACGGAUAUGCUGUGACCCAGGCGGAGCUGUUUGCCCUGCUUUGCCGCCUGGCUGACGAGCUGCUCUUCAGGCAGAUUGCCUGGAUCAAGAAACUGCCUUUCUUCUGCGAGCUCUCAAUCAAGGAUUACACGUGCCUCCUGAGCUCUACAUGGCAGGAAUUAAUCCUGCUGUCCUCCCUCACCGUUUACAGCAAGCAGAUCUUUGGGGAGCUGGCUGAUGUCACUGCCAAGUAUUCACCCUCUGAUGAAGAAUUACACAGAUUCAGUGAUGAAGGGAUGGAGGUGAUCGAGCGGCUCAUCUACCUGUAUCACAAGUUCCAUCAGCUAAAGGUCAGCAAUGAGGAGUAUGCUUGCAUGAAAGCAAUUAACUUCUUAAAUCAAGAUAUCAGGGGUCUGACCAGUGCCUCACAGCUGGAGCAGCUGAACAAGCGAUACUGGUACAUCUGCCAGGAUUUCACUGAAUAUAAAUACACCCAUCAGCCGAACCGCUUUCCUGACCUCAUGAUGUGCUUACCUGAGAUUCGGUAUAUUGCAGGAAAAAUGGUGAAUGUGCCCUUGGAGCAGCUGCCCCUCCUCUUUAAGGUGGUGCUGCAUUUCCCGGCACCCCUCCUCAGGCCAGCACAAAGCCUUGGGUGGGUGGGACAGGCUCCAGAAGAAAGAGCCAGAGAGACCAAGGUGGAGGCUAUGGGGGCAGCAGCGUUCCGGUUGCCUCCAUAGCAAGAAGAGUGUUUGUUUGUUUGUCUGUUUUUUUAAGCUCAUUUUUCUAUAUAUUUAUUUCACGACAGAGUUGAAUGUAUGGCCUUCAACAUGAUGCACAUGCUUUUGUGUGAAUGCAGCUGAUGCAUUUCCUUGCGGUUUACAGAAUGUGAAGAUGUUUAAUGUAACAGUGUUGUCAUUGUUUAGAGAUAGUUCUUUUGUAAUUUGAGGGUGGGUGGGAUGGGCUGAGAUGACUAUUUCCAUAAUGUUGACAAAGACGACUACCUCAGUGGAAAGGGAGGGGUGUGACCAUGCCUCCUUUUUCCACAUGUUCUCAGCAGACUCGUGCAUUUGUCUGUCAGAGAGCAAACUGCCUUUUUCUAGCCACAGAAUUGCCAGGUGAAAGCACACACCAUAAAAGGGCGAAGUGGUGCCAGGAGGUUCUCUGAGCAAAGUGGGGGCCCCAGGCAGGAGAGGAGGAUGUAGAACAUCUCUUUCCUUUGGAAAGCAUGAAAAUUGAGAAUGGGGCACAGCAACCAAAUCUUAAGUUAGGUGUCCUCUCUCCACACAAGGCCUCAGGGAGAAGGGUUUCUGCUCGCACACCAUGUUGUGGGGCCCUCUCCCCACCACCUGACCCACCACUGCCACUGCUGACUUCAUCCAAGCAAAGUCCUGGCAAUCACGUCAUCCUUUGGACUUGCCUGCCAGCUCCGCUGGGACUUCCAGCUACCUAGCUUCCUUACCUGGAUCUACCAAGGCCUACCUUCCUUCGACUCCUUGCCUCCCUUAUACAUUUGACUUCCUAUUGGCCCUCUGAAAAAAACAGCUAAGCAGAAUGCCAUGCUCUGAAUUCUGGUGCCCACUACUGAUGCAUUUUCCUGUCACCUUGCUUUCUUCAAGGGGCAGUGGAACGAAGUUCAGACUGCUCAAAGAAUAGACACUCCUCCUUUGGGGUGCUCUGCUUCUCCCCCUUUCCCACCCGGGACUGAAUCCAAACCUGCCGUCUCUUUUUUCAUCAGGGAGGGCCAUUGACCCACCAGAAUUUUUGCCCUUACAUUCCUCUCCAAGUUCUUCUAAUCUCCAGAAUGAGACCAGGAUUCCUCAACAGAAAGCCCAAGGCCCAGAGUGGCCCAGCUGACCACGGCCUGGCGGGGAAGGGGCGCUUUAAACUACCUCAUGUUCUUAAGGGCUGUCCCCUCCAGACUAUGGCCUGGGCCCUUGUUCUUUCACUACCUGCCCCACCUGGUCCCAGGAAGUGUCCCUUCCCCUCUUGGCUUUGGCCAGCAGCCACCCCGUAGCUGUUGGAGCUCUUUCAGGUGCUUUUCUCUUCUCUGCCUUCCCACAGCGAUUGUCCCUGCCUCCACCCAGGGACCUCGCCCAGCUGAUGCAGCAGGCUGACUGCUGAGAGGGGUGCAUCCCUGGGUGGGCUUGCAGGGCCUCCUGAACCUCCUUUUGCCUGUGUAGUCAAAGGCCAUUUGCUCUCUUCCCAGCUCAGCCUUGCAAACUUGCCCGGUGGGCCACCACCUCGUGUGCAGCCCGGGCAGUCUAUGUCGGAUUGUAAUUUUUCUUUCCAGUGAAAUGUUACGGGUACCCAGCAGAGGGAUGACUUUGUCCUUUGGUGGAUCUAAAACUCAGAGCAUUACUCCUCAAUGCCCUUUCCCUGACUGCUCUGAGAAAGAAAGAUGUGUUCCUCUGGAAAAGCUCUGAUCAGAAUGUUCUCACAUGUCAAUGGGAAGAUGUGUGUGUGUGUGUGUGUGUGUGUGUAUCUGUUUAUUUCUCAGUUCACAAUAUUUUUAUUUCCCCAUGUUUUAUUUAACCAACUAGAUCACAUUCUUUGGCUACAGGUCAGACUCUGAGCUGCUUUCGUCAAUGUAGGGAGGAGACACAUAUCAGACACCCCCCUUUUCCAAGAUGGCUGCUGUGUGCAGCUUCUUUCUUUGCUUAGACCUCCAUCUGUCAAGUUAUUAUUUUUUGAAAUGGUUUUUCUUUAAAAUUAAGCAUUUUACCAGUUGGUUGGGUAUCAAAGAAAAUUGCUCUCUGAUGAGGGAAGAACAUGUCUCUCCAAUAAUGCGGCAUUAAACAGAGCAAGUUGUUAAUUUGUGGAGUGGGGGAAAGGUUCUGCAAGUUGCCAUUGUACAAAUCCAUUUUUACAAAUGUUUGCAGCAGAUUCCACAGAACAAAGAGCCCAUUCAUUGCCGAGCGCCCUACAGAAUCUCUGAGCCAAGUGGCCGUGUGUUCUGAGCCAGAGCCUGACCUGUGGACCGCCUUUAAUGUCUUCUGCGCCCAGUCCUUUUGUGACGUGGGCUUUUUAAACAGGGUAAAAUUAAUGUGUUGCAUUGCAAACUCAGGUAUGAUGAGGAGAUGAUAGGAGUGUAGCUAGCAGCGUGGAGACGUUAGGUCAGCCACUAAAUGUAUUUGUAAAUUUGGUUUGAAGGACACAGAGAAAGGUUGGAGGGGCGGUUUGUUGUGUUUGUAUUUUUGCCUUUCUUCCCAUAAUUUUUGGUUAACAGGUAGCCUUUUUGCUAGUGGAAGAAGAAAAAGUUGUGUGUAUGGUCUCUUAAUUCCCCUCUCUUCUGUCCUCUCUCUGAUCCCCUGCCACCAACAGCACUCAUUUUAAGUGAGAAUUUUUCCACCAUAAAAAUAUGACCCUGAAAGCUGUGUGGUCAAGGAGAAUCCCACCUCCUCGCACUGCAUUGAAACACGGCUUUCCCCUUCCUUUCCCUUUCAAUGUUUUCCUGACCCAAGACGAAAUUUGGAAUCGUGGAAUUUCGCCUACAACUCCUGUUCUCUGGCUCCUUUGUAGGCUUUUGGAGACUUUCACAAGGUUUGGUGGUCUUGACUUUAGUCUCAAAGCACUCCACCUGGCUCAGGACAGCCCUGCCCCCAUGCCCAGCCCAGGAGGGAGGUGGCUGAGCCUGUGGGGAUAGAAAGCAGCAGCAGGAACCUCCCUCCUGUUCUCGGGGCAGAGGAGGGGGAGGGAACGAGGGGCUUCAUGGCAUGCAGACAGCCACCCACUCCACACCAGCCUGCUCUCACCUGCCACCCCCUUCUCAGGGAAGUGAGUGCUGCCAUGGCCACUGUGUCACCGGGUCCUUAAACCUGGGGCCUCAGCUAGCUGCCUUGCUCUGCUACCUAUUUCUUACUUCAGUUUGUUCUUGAUUUCCUGGGGAGUGGGACAGAUGGAGACAGACAGGCCCGGCGUGGGCAGUAUCUCCGCCAUGUCCAAGGUUGGCCCAAGUAAAGGGACCCUGGCCUCCCAGUAGGGUAGGAAGGGGAGCAGUGGUUCCAAGUCUUUAGCUCUGGGCCCCUGGUCUAUGUCUUUUUUUCUUUGUUGCUUUUUAAAAUUUUGCAGUUGCAUUAAGAAAUCCACUCGUUCAGACCAGCUCUUUUAUUUUCUUUAUUGAUUUUUUUAAAGUAAAAAAAAAACCACAAAAAAACCCCUCAAAAACAAAAAACUAAACAAAAAAAACCACUACUCUUUCCAACAUGAGUGUCCCCUGUACCCCCCUCUGCCUUUGCAGUUGAUCAUUCCUCCCUUUUUCCUCGGCUUGAAGCAUCUAUGUCCAGUGUCUGUGAAAUGAUGUUUUAUCUGUGUCUCAGGUUGAGAAACGGCAAUCAUUCCACCAGAUGCUGGAAACUGGUUAGUCUUGAGACAAGGGUUUCUAGGGCCAUAGCUCAGGGAUGUGUAUUUAAUUACAGGGUCCCCAGAAACCCCUCUCUUGGCUGCCACAAACAGCAGCUUUUCUGGACUUGGGAGCCAGGCGUGGCUGCUUCCUCAGAGGCAGGAGCCCCGUGAGCAUACUGAGUCGGAGCGAGCUGGGCUGCUCUGGUCCGAGGCCGUCCCGAGGCCUGAAGACUGGCUGUCCCGGAACACGAGCCACAGGGCCCUGCUCUGCCCGUCCAGCCCGUCUGGCCAGCCCCCUCAGGAUCUGCAGCCCUAAAUGGGCCACAGCCCCCUCAGGACUCAGCUGCAGGCUCAGGGAAGCUAUGAGUCAGGCCAGAGCCUGCUCCGAGCUCCAGAAAAAAGCUGUUUCUGGUGGAGGCCGGUCUGCCAAGUCCUGCAGCCAGCCUUGCCAGCAUGGCCAGUCUGUCACCAGGUCAUUUCUGCCCUUGGGUGAGCAUUGUUUUCUUCCUCUGAAAUGUUUUAUAAGGUGAUAAUGUUGUUGACUCAAGUUUCCAUGAAAAAGAAAAAAAAAUACUACCUCUUCAGUGACAUCCUGGUCGAUUCCUCUCCGAGAAGUCCUGUGGGAAACGAAUACUGUAGCUCCUGUUCUGUUUACAUGUUUCUGUCGGGAGAGAAACCCUGCCUGCCCUGGGGUGUUGGUGUUUUUGUCUGUGUUGCCAUCCCAGGCCUGUGAUAGGGGCUGUGGGCGCGUUGUAAUGUCUGGGCUGAGUGUAGGGAGUCCUUCACACCUGCCCAGCUGGGAACAGCCACCUCUUGAAGAGGCCUCCGUUUCCUGUCUACGAUCCAGGGCACAGGAAGCACCACCCUCCCACCAGGCUCUGGUGGCACGGGCGUCCACAAGCCGACCUGGGCUACCUAUUCCAGGGCCACCCCUACCCACAGUCCGUGUAGGAAUCAAGUAAACCGGAUGUCUCUGAGCCCUUGUCCCCAAAGGGCCGGCCAAGGGCUGCCUGCCAGCCCGGCUCCGUCAGCCCUGCAUGACCAAAGGAUAGUCGGGCUCUGCAGGCUACUCAGGCCCUCUGCUACCUCCCCCCCUGCCAGCUGGCAAGGGAUGGGCCCUUUUCUGUGAGUUGACUACCUGUGGAAAUGUGACCAAUUAGUGUGAAAUGCAUGUCUAGAAGAUGUUAGGUACUGUAUUUGAACCAAUAAAUGUGAAACCUGCA